CGCGCUCGCUCGGACUGGUGAAGGUAGCAUCGCUCGAGCCUUCUAUGGGCUCCAUGGACACCGUAAGAGGUCUUCCGCGCCAUGAAAAGCCCAAGAGAGCCAGCCCGGAAAAAAGCCGUCCCAUUGACAUUCCUGCUCUCGACAGCAAUGGCGCUUCGAGUAAAGCGGCCCCAUACAGCGCAAAACGUACGCGUCUGCCACCCCAUCCAUUGAUGCAGACCGGAAGAAAGAUCAGUCUUGGGCCCAAGGGCCUCGCGCCUAGUAGAGGUGUUGCGAGUACGACUCUAUCUGCUACGCACGCGGAAAAGGAAAAGGAUAUCAACUACGGCGCUUUGCUGGCACCCAUCGCAUCAGGGGAUAAAUCGAGCGGGCUCGCGAAGGCGUUUCAGGCAAGUUUGCGGCGGAAGCCUUCGCAGCAAAGUAUGGUAUCCUCACAGUUCAGUAGUGAGCUGGACCACAAUCAUGUGUCGAGGCCCAUUGAAAUUCCGGCAGAGACACACUCACACACACCAGUCAAAGGCAGAAGCGAAGAUACUGAUGAGCUGGUCAAGAUUUUGGAACGGAACAUGGAGGACACGACAGUCACGAAAGCCAUGACCGAGAUGUCGACGACGCCACGGGGCAAAUCGAGCUUCGGCCGCAGAAGCCGUCACGACUCCACGCACGAGGCGCUAGAUAUGUUGUCGCCUUGGGUCAUGUUACUUAAUCCGUGCAACCCCAGAAGAGAUAAUAUGCGUGUGGCGAGCCAGUAUCGCAAGUGGCAGCACGUCUUUCCUCGACCAGUCAGUACGGGUUCCUUCAAAUGGGCGUCCAUGUGCUCUCCGGCUGCGCUUCCGCUGACGUCGGAGUAUAAACCGUCGCCCGCAGAACUGGAGUUCUAUUAUCGCAAACAGGUCAAGCGGCACAUCAUCUCUGAGUCUACAGGACUCAAAGAGGAAUCUGCAAGUAUGCUUGUGGAGCGACUGAUCGACAUCCGUCUGAUCCGCGGUUUUCAGAUCGUAGCCAUCAGGAACAGCGGCGGAGAGCAAACUGUGCAGAGUAAAGGUCGGCCCAUCCUGCUCUCACUCGGUAGGCGAUACCAUGAGAUUCAGCGCAUCUCCGAUUUUGAGGUGCAGAUUGUGCAGUAUGAGCCGAAAGCAGGCAUUGGCAGCGAGAGCACCGAGUCGCGACAUUACGUGACCACGUACCAGCCCAAAAUGCGUACGAUCCUGGGUCUCAACAUCAAGCCAGAAAUCAGCUAUCACUCCGAGGCACCCCUCACGGACUGGACCGAGCUUGAUGAACAUAUUCUUCGCCUGGGUCCCUUGCCAGACCUGAAUGUCACCUUCAAAGUGCGCCUCGUACUGUUACCUGUGGACAUCCCGAGGGGCGACUAUCUUGGUGGACUCUCAGAUGAAGAACGACGUAUCGAGGGGAUCCAGCGCUUGACGCAGUUGUGGCAGCGCCAACGCUACUUCUCGGCGGAGGAUCAAUCGCACCAAAUGUCUGUCAAGAAAGCGGCAUCGACACCGUACACCGCUGUACGAGAUCCGAAUCCUUUGGCAAUCGAUUACCAAACGCGUGACCCGACUGUUGUGGUCAAUGCACAUGGUCCUGCUCUAUCGAGCCAGCUUCACGAGGGCGAUCUCGAUGCUUCGUUGUUCUCCGAAGCCGAGAAAUUCCACAGUAGCAAUUUUGACAUUGUCAAACUGGUCAAACAGAUGCAGGAGAAGCCGCCAUACGGCGUCGAGGUCCGGGAUCGCAGAUGGCUCACGGUCACUCACAUGAAGUGCUUUCGAGGCGAUGAGAUGACUACAUGGCUGCUUGGUGUCUUCAAGGACCUCGAAGGGCGCGAUGAUGCCGUCAAUGUGGGUAACCAGCUGAUGAGUCGUGGUGUCUUCUCUCACGUGCGUCAGAAGCACAAGUUCCGAGAUGGACACUACUUUUACCAGAUCAGCGCGGCGUACAGAACGACGGAAUACCCCGACUCGAUGGGUCUCUUUGGUAAAGUGCCGUGGCGAUCUAUUCCUCCUACGCCAAUGGCGGAGUCACUGAAAUCGCCCAUGUUGCGACCACUCAGUGGCAUUAGCUCGACUGACUCCAGCUCGUCCUCCGAUAGAGGUACCCCCUGGCUGCACCCCACAGAACCGCGACAGAUCUUGCUCAGUCGAGCGAUGCAGGUCAAUGUUGAUCCCCAGAAGAAGUCCAAUCAUAUGCAGAUCAUUGACUUGCACUAUGACCGGAUCCACAACCCCGAGAACUGCUACCACAUACAACUCGAAUGGCUCGGGACGUCGGCCAAGUUGAUUCGGGAAGCCAUCACGCGCUGGUCGAGCUACGUGGAUGGCUAUGGACUCAAGCUCAUGCAACUGCCACUGGAGGAAGCGUGCAGGUUCCGGGAGCAUCACCCGUACGAUCAACCACAGCCCAUUCGACUUACCGUCCGACCGCCAGACAAGAUCCUGGCCACGCCUCAUAUGGAGCCGCACACCUUUUCGCCUCGCAUGAUCGAGGAUCCCAUGGCCUACCACAGACGCCUGUUGAAGAAGCUCGAUUUUGUGCUCGACUACGAAGCAGCGAGCGCUUUCACCACUUCUCUCGACGUCCGCUACUCAUUUGGUCCACCUUCCUACCAAUACACCCAGUUUGUGCACAAGUCUGGUCUCGUCCUCGCUCAGGUGGUCGCCGACGACACUGCCGAUUUUCUCCUGUUGCCGAACAGACUUGCUACGAGCCAGCUGACUGCUACAGCAAGACACACGACCGAGCAUGAUCGACCCGAUGUGACUGUCGAUUCGGUGCAGAAGGAUUUCAAGGCCUUCUGCAAAGACGAGGAGAAAUUACGAUUGUUCUACCGAGAGGCGGACAGAGUCCGACCUCUUGUUGCGCCUAGUCCGCUGAGCAAUGCUUCUCAGGCCGAUCUGGACGUUCCGCCGAUGCAAUUGCCGCCGAUCAGUCAUAGUCAUCGUAUGCAACUUCGAGGGCCGUGAAUAUACACAGCACUACGGGCAAGCUAGUUUCGGCGCCGAGACUUUGAUAUUGUGCCAAAAGCAGUCAUUUAGCUCGGAAUUAUCGGCAUUCCGCAAGUUAGUAUUCAUUGUAAGCAGUAUUAUCAAGCAUUAAGUCCAAGGGAGCAUGAUGUAAUGAAUCGCCCUCUCGACUUGGCAUCAUCAACGACGAGGGACAUCACCUCGAGUAUCUCCCCCGUUAAAUCUCAACAUCACCUCCAACAUUAUCCCAAUUAACAAUCGAUGCUCAGUGCACCGGGCAGGCGAAUAUCACAACUCUGUCAACAAGUCCAACGUCUCUCCACCACACGCUCAGCCAUGGCGUCCUCCGACAAGAACUCCAUCCUGAAUUGGGUGAACCCUGAAGACAAGUCUGGCGAGUUCAAGAGACAAUCAUCCGCCUUCCGCAACUGGAUAUCCAAGGAACCCAAUGCCGAGUUCCCCGCUGAAAAGGGUCGUUACCACCUCUAUGUCUCGUACGCCUGUCCCUGGGCGCACCGAGCCUUGAUUGUGCGCAAGCUCAAAGGUCUCGAAGAAUUCAUCCCUUACACUUCCGUGCACUGGCACAUGGGAGAGAAGUCGUGGAGAUUCGCCACCCCCGACGAAAAAAUCCCCGGAGCCCACACCGAGCCCGACCCCAUUCACAAAGAAUACACGCAUCUGCGCGACAUCUAUUUCGAACAAGACCCCAACUACUCUGGCCGAUUCACCGUCCCGACCCUGUACGACAUCAAGCAGAAAAAAAUCGUGAACAAUGAAUCCAGCGAAAUCAUCCGCAUGUUCUACACCGAAUUCAACCACCUCCUGCCCCCCAAAUUUGCCCAGGUAGACCUCCUCCCCACCGACCUCAAGGCAGACAUCGAAUCCACCAACGAAUGGACCUACAACGACGUCAACAACGGCGUCUACAAAUCCGGCUUCGCCACCACCCAAUCCGCCUACGAGAAAGCCGUCACAACCCUCUUCACCUCCCUCGACAAAAUCGAACACCACCUCCGCGCCAUCAACUCCAAAGGACCAUUCUACAACGGCCCACAAAUCACCGAAUCCGACAUCCGACUCUACACAACCAUCAUCCGCUUCGACGUGGUGUAUGUGCAACAUUUCAAAUGCAACCUUCGAGACAUUCGCAGUGGAUAUCCGGCGAUUCACGCGUGGAUGCGGAAUUUGUAUUGGAACUUUCCUGACUCGUUUGGAGAGGGUACGACGGAGUUUACGCAUAUCAAAUGUCAUUAUACGAGGAGUCAUCAGCAGAUUAAUCCGUUUGGGAUUACGCCUGUGGGGCCUGUACCGGAUGUGUUGCCGUUGGGGGAGGAGGUUGCUGCUGCUGCUGGGGGGAAGUAAGGUAGAAGGGAGGAAGGGAGUGGGCAGUGUGGUUUUGUUGUGCUGGGAUUCAUGAUGAAGAUGAAGAUGAAGAUGAAGAUGAAGAUGAUGGGAAUGGGAAUGGGCAGAGAUUGUGUGUGAGUGAGAGGUAUAUUCUUGGGAGGUGGCAAAGUACAGGCAUGUACCCCAUCAUCCAAUAAAAGCGAAUUUCAAUUUUGCGUCAAGCAUGUGUAUUCUGCAAACAUGUGUACGUACUCCGGACAGACCAAAUUCCCC